UCAGGCGUAAAAUUACGCCUCUAGCGCGUCUGCCCAUUCACUUUGAAUGGGGUGACGUCACGUCCGCUCACGUUUUCGCCGAACUGCAUCACGGGAAGGCAAGCGUAACUUUGAGAGCGUCUCGCGCGUAAAAAGUUGAACAAUGUUGAACUUUUUACGCACGAAACGCUCUCUCGGUUCCUGACAAGUGAGCGUAAGCCAAUCAAAUCCCGUUUCAGAAAAUCUGACAGCUCAAGCCGUAGCCAAUCAAAAACCGCGCAUACGCUGGGAGAGAUAUCCUGAGAUAUCCCGCCGUUCAUGUCUAUAUUUGAAAUAAAAUGGACGAGGUUAUAAUCGUAGCGGUAGCGAAUCACCCUGUAUUAUUUGAUGUGACCCUGUUCACCUACCGGGAUAGAAACCAGAGGAACCAGGCAUGGAAGGAGGUGGCAGAGACAGUGGGGGAAACUGACGAAGUGUGCAAAAAGCGUUGGAAGUCCCUCAGGGACCGAUACCGCAGGGAGAGGAUCCUGGAGAAGGAAGGGAAAAGUAGCGGGGCAGGGGCUUCCGGGGGAUCUAAACCCUGGCGUCUCGUGGCAGUAAUGAGCUUUUUAAAGCCCUUCAUGCUGGACCGUGAGACGUCCAGCAAUUUCCCCCGGCAACCCCUGCCUCCACCCACCGGAGCAGAAGAAGAGGAAGACUCUAUGGGUGACAGCCUGGAUGACAGUCUGGAAAGCCAGCCAGAGCCAGGUAGCAGUCAGCCGGCCAGUCAGCCGGCCAGUGUGCCGGCCAGUGUGCCGGCCAGUGUGCCAGACGGUGUGCCAGACGGUGUGCCGGCCAGUGUGCCAGCAUUCUGGGGGAAGAAGAGCAGGGGAAGGGAGAUGUCCCCUUUUGAGGAGAACCUGCUGUCGGCCGUAGGCCCGAUGCUGGCCAUGCCACCACCACCACCACCCCCACCACCAGUGGUGGAGGUGGAAGACGAGGACCUCCUUUUUUUAAGGAGUCUCUGGCCUGCAAUGCAAAAGCUGAGCAGGACGAGCAGCAUGAGACUGAAAAUGAAGCUACAAGAGGCGGUCCUGGAGGCCACAGAAAUGGACAUUAAUAAUUAAUUAAUUAAUUAGAUACUGAUACUGAUACUGAUCCACAUUACAUCUUUUUACACUCAUCACUCAUCACACACAACAUCACAUAAAUAAAAGUUAUUUAAAAGUAUGUUAUGGCUAUACUGUGUCUUGACUUGUUCAUGUGGUUUGUCAGUUACAACAUACCAGGAGCUUCUUGUAUGUCGAUAUAUAAUGUGCUGUCUUCUGUAAUUAUUCAGGUGAAACCCUGAUGAAAAUUAUGAGUGGUUUAUCACUAAAAACAGGGCUGAAGGAAAAAGGUUGUUAGUUAUAUCAUGAUAUCAAUUCAAGAAACAUGUUUAUUAGGAAUGGUUGAUUUUAAAAUGGCUCAUUUGGAAUAUUUGCUUUUUAAAGAAAAUGGGUAGCUCUUAAAAGAGCUUUUUGGUUUGGAGACAAAUAUGGGCCUACACCACAUUUGCCUGCCAUCGCACUGCCCCCUCCUCGUUGAAGUAGGAGCAGAAGG